GAGAGAGAGAGUGAGCGAGAGAGGGAGAGAGAGAGCAGCUCGCCGGCCCAUUGAGGAAAGAUGGCUACAGUCACUGCAAACGGAGUGCAGCAAGAGAAUGGAUUCAGCACCACGAACAGCGCCGGCAGGAUGAACGGGCUUAGCAUCGGCCAGAACACCAUUCCAAUGAAGGACCACGACGCCAUCAAGCUUUUCAUCGGGCAGAUUCCCAGAAACCUGGAGGAAAAGGACCUGAAACCCCUGUUUGAGGAAUUCGGAAAGAUAUACGAACUCACUGUACUGAAAGACAGGUUUACGGGAAUGCAUAAAGGAUGUGCCUUUCUAACAUACUGUGCCAGAGAGUCAGCACUGAAGGCCCAGAGCGCCCUCCAUGAACAGAAGACUCUGCCAGGGAUGAACCGGCCCAUCCAGGUGAAGCCAGCCGACAGCGAAGGACGAGGAGAAGACAGGAAGCUGUUUGUGGGAAUGCUCGGCAAGCAGCAGAGCGAGGAGGACGUCCGGCGGCUGUUCGAGACCUUCGGCCAGAUCGAGGAGUGCACCGUCCUGCGAGGGCCUGAUGGGGCCAGUAAGGGAUGCGCCUUUGUCAAGUUCUCCAGCCACGCAGAAGCGCAGGCCGCCAUCAACAGCUUGCAUGGUGGACAGACUAUGCCUGGUGCCUCGUCCAGUCUGGUGGUCAAAUUCGCAGACACUGAUAAAGAGCGGACCCUGCGCAGGAUGCACCAGAUGGCGGGCCAGCUCGGCAUCUUCAGUCCCAUGACCAUCCAGUUUGGGGCCUAUGGCGCCUACUCUCAUGCUGUAAGUCUCAGCCCGGCGGGGGAGGAGACGCAGAUGAUGCAACAGCAAGCAGCCCUGAUGGCAGCAACACAAGGGUCCUACAUGAACCCCAUGGCUGCCAUCGCUGCCGCUCAAAUGCAGCAAAUGGCAGCUUUCAAUGUCAACGGCCUGGUGGCUACUCCCAUGACACCGUCCUCAGGCACCAGCACACCCCCAGGCAUCUCUGCCACAUCCGUGCCCAGCCUAGCCACCACGAUCGGGGUUAACGGAUUCAGUACCCUCCCUCAAAGCAACGGGCAGGCCAAUGAGCACGUCUACACCAAUGGUAUUCACCCGUACCCAGCACAGAGUCCAACGGUGAACGACCCUCUCCAACAGGCUUAUGCUGGCGUCCAACACUACGCAGCAGCCUACCCUGCCGCCUAUGCGCCAAUCAGCCAGGCGUUCCCCCAGCAACCAACCAUCAUUCCCCAGCAACAGAGGGAAGGGCCAGAAGGUUGCAACCUGUUUAUUUAUCACCUGCCCCAGGAGUUCGGAGAUGCGGAGCUCAUGCAAAUGUUCCUGCCUUUUGGCAACGUCAUCUCCGCCAAAGUGUUUGUGGACCGAGCGACCAAUCAGAGCAAAUGUUUUGGCUUUGUGAGUUUUGAUAACCCGUCCAGUGCUCAAGCCGCCAUCCAGGCCAUGAACGGCUUUCAGAUAGGCAUGAAGAGGCUGAAGGUGCAGCUAAAGCGGCCAAAGGAUGCCAACCGACCUUACUGACUCGUCUGCUGUCCAUACCCAGGAUGAAGGGCCACAACACCUUAUUUCCACAAGUGCAGUAAAAGUACAAAGACUUCUUGCUCUGCUACAUAUCAUGAAGGAAGGGUGGUCCCUUGAUCCUGCUGAAAACCCGCUGAAAGAUUGGGUGACUGAGAAAAAGGAUCCCAGAGUUGUUGUUGUUUUCUUUUCUUUUUUCUUUCUUCGCAAAUGCCUCUUUUUUCCCUGUUUUGCUUUGGCGUCUGUGGAAGAAGAUUUUUUGCAGAGACCAACUUUUUGCUGCUGUUUUUUAGACAUGAUGGGGGGAAAAAACCUUUAUAGACUCAUUAUGCUCAAAGCAUGCAUACUGACACAGGAUAUAGAUAAACACACAUAACACACAAGACAUACACAUUUAAAGAUACUACACUUAAAAAACAAUGAAAAAUGAAAAAAACGAAAAACUUUGUACAUGUAUAAAUACGUGCAAAUGCCAACUCAAGUACUGACGCAAACACGUGCAAAAACACACAAACACACACACCAGCCUGCUGCCAUUUUGGUUUUUGUGCCUACACAGGUGUUGUGCUCUGUGACAGGGCGAGCUCUGGAUCAAAGAAGAAGAAGAAGAAGAGGGAGAAGAAGAGGGAGAAGAAGAGGGAGAAGAAGAGGGAGAGGAGGGAGAGGAGAAUCCAGGAUAAUUUACAUGCAUCAUUCCUUAGGAAAUAGGGACCAAAGGACUAAACGCUUUUUAAAAGAAUAUAAAUAUAUAAAUAUAUAAAUAUAUAUUUAAAAACUCAUACCUUGUAGCUGCAAGUAUUACAAUUUACUCGUAGUCAAAAAAAUCAUUAAAUCAAUAUCCAGUGGCCUACUGUAAGUAUGAAUAAAAGAAAAUGGAAAUAAUGUAUAAAAAAAGAAAUGGCAUCGUAGUAUAGGGGAUGAUCUUUUGCUCUGGAUGCUGAUUUAGCACCAGGUUGUAGUAUAGUAAAGUAGAUUAGAAAAACAAUGUAGAUUUGCUAACUUUUGCUGUUGUUUAAAAAAAAUACUUGAAGUCGUAAUGAAAAGUGGGCAAAAGUGAAGGAAAAUGGAAAACAUUCAUCCGCCCCUGUACGCAACGAGUCUCUUUCUCUUGGAUGUUAAGGUAUCAGCCACUGGAUAUCUCGCUCAUCAUGAUGUUUAAGUCACCGCACUCUCUGACAGCUACGAACAGACUGUUCUGGAAGAAAAAAAAGAAUGCUGAGAGUGUAAAAAAAAAGAAGACAGAACUAACUCAUGUCUGUGCUGGACAGGGUGCAGACGUCUAAGGCUUCUCACUGGCCUUUGUGUUCAAGCGACAAUCCACUGUAAAGACCAAGCAAAUGGACAUGGGGUGUGUUUUUCUUUUUUUUCUUGACCUUUUGUAUUGCAACAAGGAGUGUGAAUUAUGAAGCCACAAGUUGUUAAGGGGUAAUGGUUCUACUUAGAGAGAUGGACAAAUGGACGGUCAUGAGGGCAACAGAAGGUGACAGCUACUGAAACUGCCAGCAGAAUGAACUCAGUAUACAAAUGAAAUGGCCCUUAGGAAAUCUGUCAGAAAAAACUAAGUAUGCCUGGUGUAAACAAGCAGGACAAUAACUGACAGGCCAAGGAUAUACACUAUGUGUCCACUGGAUCAGCUGCAAAACCCGGAUACAUUUCACCUCCUGUCUCCUUGCAGAGAAACACUCCCUGAAGACAAACUCUAUUUACGGUAUCAACGGCAAGGAAGUGCAGGCUUUUAGAGCUAAUUUUGCUCUGUCAAAUAUAAUGUAAAUUCCUCUAUUAACAUGUUCCCCGCCCUGCUUUUCUUCAUGUAUUAUACAAAGAGCCAACGCUUAAACAGACAAUAUUUAAACUCCAUUAUUCAGCUCGCUUGUAGCCUCUCUGACACCGACGCCAGGCAGGACAGAGAAAAGCACUCCACUUCUGUCAUGUCCUGAUUUAAAGCCUUCAUUUUGACUGUCUUAGAGCUCUGGAUGCAGGCUCUUCUCUAAAAAGCAGAUCAAUAUGUUUGGCAUGAGUCUAGAGGGAGGAGCGAUGCUGCUUCAGUCACUCUCAACACUUCCCAAUUUUCUCACCAGCUCACAUCCGUACACCAGCCCUUUGAGCAGUGGCAGCUGGCGGUAAGAGGCAUGGCUAGGCAAGGAGGGAAGGAGGGGAAGAGAGGAAGUCAACAACCAAACAUGACAUCAGGAUCUUUCAGACAUAUGCUUCUAGGAUAAAGACCAAUGACUUAAUCUGGAAAUGUAGAAGCUGUAAACAAGCUCCUGGUGGCAAACACUACAUGUGCUUUUGAAAAACAGGGUUAAAACGUUAACAAAUUAGGCUCAAAUCCAACCAAUUCCUAUUUACUACUGAGACUCUCCUCCUUGCCAUUCCAUCCUUUUUACCGCUAGCUUUGCUCAGAGAGAAGCAGAUCAGAAAUAUUAAAAAUCACUGAAGGAGGGACUGAAACAUGUGCCAGCCAAUAGCUAAAUGCACCGCUAUUCUUGGAGAUUUACAUAAGCGGAAGGUUUUAAUUUGAUAUCAACGUGCCAUAUAGCCCCCUCUCUUUCUCCUGUCCUAAGAGCAGCCAUGCCUUUCUAAAACCUCGGUGCAACUGUUCAGCAGCCCUCUCCCCUUGGAACAGCGUUUUCAAACCUGGCUAAUGUCUGCGCUCACUACCCUUCAAUUAUCUCCUGCACCGUAUUAGACAUGCUAUUUCACCUUUCCCUCUAAUCACACUGUAAUCACCAGCCUCUAUACAUUAGCAGCAACCAAGUGAAAAAUCACCGGGAUAAUCACUUGGACCAAAUGACGGGAGAGAUGGUCCCCUGCAUACACGUGGAUGACAGAAGGAAGAUUAGAGAGAAUUAUGUUUGUGCCUUCUCCCUGGCAAGGCUGCUGACAGCUGACCUGGCACCAAUAACACUGCGAAAUGUACUCAAAGCGGCAAAGGAAGACGUGGGAUAAAACCUUCCAUAUCAUAGCAAGGUGUUUAAAAAGGAGAUUAGCAAAACUAAAAGAGAAAGCUGGACGAUACAACCAUAUUCUUCAAACAUUCAAAUUGGGUCAAAACCAACAAUUUAGAGGAAAAUCUGCAAUUCUUAAGAAGUAUCUUCAUCUCUUUUUAUUUCACAAAAUGUAAUUGUUUUAUAAAUACUCGCAAAUACAAUUAUUUAUUUCUCUUGUGUGUAUCCCUGCUGGGACACCUACAAAGCACCUGAACGAAUAUUUUAGAAGCCCAGUACUUCUUUAGUUUAACAUUUGUGGCCAUUAAAACACAGCUUUUUAAAAAUGGUAUUCAAAUAAAAAGUAGGGUAGCCCUCCCAUUCAGCCAUUAGUUGGAAGCUAUAGUGGAAAUGCAGUAAGCUACAUGAUUUGUCGUUGAGUGAAGUGGGUCAAAACAAAGCCAUGUUCUGCAAACCGAUUUGUGCUCAUUAUUCAUGUGAAGCUGAACUAAUCGAUGGGAAAUCUAAUGUUGCAUGAGCAAUGACAUUUCCUGUGCUUGUCUCUGCCAUCUUUAGAAUACAUUCUGCGAGUGAGGCUCUGUCAGGCUGAACAUGAACCCUGCAUGCCUGCUCCGCUGAUCUCCUCUCUGUCUUAUAUCUGAUGCUGUGUGAGUUCCCUCUGCUAAUGGCAGGUUGAGUCCCCAGUGAGCCAACAAAAAACCUAGCCUGGUAUCCUGCUGUCUGCUUGGCUAACAGUGCAGUGUUCAUGUAGCAUCAAUGCUAUGCCAGGGCUAAAUUAGGCUUUGUGAAAUCAGAAUUUCAACACUUUUAACAAUGGUUGCUGUUAUAACUUAUACGCUCAGGGGAGGGUGUUACUGAGGUGACGUGCAUUCAAAACAGAAAUAGCUGAGAAACCUGCUCGGAAACUACCAAAACAUGAAAAGGAAGUAGUCUCCGCCUGCCCCGUUACCCUGUCUGUCUACUCUUGUUAUAAAUCCAGGCCAUGUUUCACCUCUAAGAGCAAUGAUAAACCCAGAAGGCAGUCACUAAGCUGUUGCCAAAAGGGAUAUUGUAUAUGUCCUCUAAUUUAAAAAGAUAAAAAAGAACAUGGCAUUUUAACCUAAAGGAAUCAGUAUGAAUCAAAUUAUUGUGAGAGUAAAACAUGCAAAGCAAAUCCUACAAAGCAAUGUCAAGUUUUAUGUCCAUACCCCCGAAGCAUGCAGCUUUUCUUCUCUUCUCAUACUGCCUUUAUUUAGCAAUCAGUGAUUUAGUGUGCACAUAUCCAGCACUCUCAGUAUGAGCUCACUGCCACUGAUGCGUGCGCCCACUCUGACCCUGUAUUAUUAAACGAGAAUUUGGGGGGUUUAUACAUAAUAUACCCUUUUCCUCAGCUGCCACUACACCACUGCUUAUAAGGUCAGUACUCUAGAGGACCGUGUAUCCUUAGAAGGCCCCAGCCAAUGGCAGGCGGAGUAGAGAACUGCUGGAGCAUGUCUACGAGUCCCCAACCCCCUGGGUGCAUAACACUCACCCUAAAAUAGCAGAGAUUGUCAAGGAAAGGAAGUGAAAUGUAAUUGACUGAAAGUGGAGAGAUAAUUAAAGGAACCUGUUGGACAGGAGGGAAGAAAUUAACGCCUCUCAUUUAAUAGCUGCUUUGGGAGAGAGCUUUUCCGUCAUCUCACUCACUUUGCAGCGGAGAGGGUUUUGCUGUGGAAAUGGGAUUUAGUAUGGAAAAGGGGUGGAGGUUGAAACAGGCACUGGGUGGCGGGGGUGCUUUGUGCUAAACUGACACUCCACAAAAUCACUCCCAAUGCUCAGGGCAUCAGGCGCUAUGAUGUCAUGAUUAGUGGAGAGGUUCAGAGCCUUGCAUUAUCCAUGAUCCUGAGGGAGGUCGGGCAGAAUCACAGAUAAGAAGUGAGCCAGCAGAAAGGCAGAUGAAACACCUUUGCAUUUAUAGUAUCGCCAUCCAAUUCCAACUGACUAACUAACUAACUACAAAAAAAACUGCCAUUUUUCGCACAGUGAAACGCUGAAGGUGUCGGAUUACAUUCAACAACAUGGCUGACAGUAAUGAAGACUUUUUGUAUUCCUUAAUGUAAAUAGCCUAUUAAAUACAAAAACAGAGGACGGUUGUAUAGCAGCUGGUGUUGAGAAUCCCAACUCUGUGGGACAAUGAUGUCACUAUAAAAUGUAUCCACAGCAGUGCAGGUAUCUAGGAGAGUUGUAGUUCCCUUAAGCCCCUUAAGUUUGGGCUCUGAACAUGAACAGCAUCCUACAACCCUGAGCGUCGGACCAAGGCUUAAGGAAGUGUUUGACUUAGUGUCAAAGCUAAGCCACAGCCCCGAAGUAAUCCGUUUAUUAAAAUUCUGUGUACACCGACAUGUCAUGAUUUUUCUGACGGAAGAAAGAUCGCCUGUGCGGUAAUUGGAUUAGUCCAUUUGGGGCUGAUGAACAGAUAUGACAGUGACAGUAGAGUUCAUCCAUCUGCAUGCUCGCCGCAAAAAAACAAAAAAAUGCAAAAAGCAUCAGCCAUCACGACUACACUUUUUAAAAUUCAUUAGAAGUGAAAGUUUGGGCUUUUUAAGGAGGUUAGUUUUGCAAAAAUGUAAACUCCAAGUUUGUUCAACAUGUACAUAAUUCAUUUUCGAGUCACACGGUGGAACCCACAUGUACGUGGUUAAGCCACGAUUGGAAGAAGGGGAGAAACAAGAGAACAUUUGUUGUAGAACCCAGCAGAACCCCCUGCCAGCUCGACCCAAUCUGCCACAGCUCUCCUGACCACACAGCUGCGUUUCUCCUGUACAUACAAUAUAGCUUAUUUUUCAAUUAUGUUGAACCUUCUUUAUAAGCCGUACAAUAGAACAUGUUCAAACAUUUAAAAAAAAAUUAAAAAGAAUAGUUAAUAUAUUUCAGUGAAACUAAGAAAAAGGAACCUAUGAAAUAAUUUAUCCAAAACUGAAGAUGAAAUGAUGUUAUUUCUUGUAUAGUGAAGCACUGAUGUUCAAAAAUGGGAUUUUAUACUCAUGUUGGUUCUUUUUUUUCUUUUCUGCUUUGUUAUUAUCUGCUGAAGCUGGGAUAGACCCAUUGUCAUGAGGUUUAUUCGGAUAUACUUUGAUCAUUUUUUCUUUAUUCUGUAUUUUUUUUGGCUGCACAAUCCCUGUAUGAAAUCCCUCGCGGAUGGGCAAGUUCAAAGAGGUCUUUUUUGCUCACAGGAAGCUCUUAAAUCAAUACAAGAAUUAACAAACUGCACUGUAAAAUGGAUAAUUGAUGGUACCUGUCAUGUGGAUUCAGAAAAAUGAGUCCAAUGCACAACUGGGUUUAAAUGAAUCAGCAUUGCAUGUUCAAAAAGAAUCUCAUUUGAGGCCUUUUGUUGUUUUGAGACAAAAAAAGACAAAAAAAGACAAAAAAAUAUCAAACUUUUCAGUCAGAUUGGUUUGAGACCGACGCUGUCAUAUCUCAUUGUCUUUAGGCCAUUUCUGUAAUGUUUUUAUCUUGUCUAUCUCUGUCACAAUGUAAUUGUUAUUUUCUUUUUUUCAAAGGGUUGACGGGAAUCAUUGACAUAUCUGUUCAUUUCAUCUUCUCUGUUGUUACAAAAGAAACGUUUUUUUCCACAGUUUAUCUGAUGUGAUCCCAUCCACUGAAGACAUUGUACCAACAGUAGAUAGCGCCACAUCGCUUUAUUCCAGUCAGGUUGACUUGUUAAUACGAGGAGGGAAUUCUGCCUUAAACCCAGCCUGUUCUCUCCGACAGUACUACCUGUGAGCCGUGGUCAGACACACUGUAUUCUGGGGAUGCCAAAUGUACUAUCUUAAAAAGAAAUCUGUUGUGAAGACAUCAUACACUCCACCAGAGUCAGUUUUGCCUCAAGCCCAUUCUGACACACAUUUAGGAUGUGGUCACCCACCUCCAUUUCCAUUGGUUACAAGGACCAAAAUGUAAACAGCUAACUGAGCAGUUUGCUCCAAUCAAGCAUUCAAUGAGAGCCUUUAAAGAAUUUACAUUGAGUUGUAGGUGACUUUGCACCAUGUAUAUUUGUAUCAUAAAUCAUUACAUUCCCAGCUUCACUAUCUAGUUUCAUCUAUUCAUAUGUUCUCAUGCUAUUAAAUUAUUCACGAUAUGUUUGGGUAUUUAUAUUCACAAUGAAUUGAAUAAGCAUUUAUUUUAUUAUUUGACUUGAACAAGCUGUUUUUUUUUGGUUUAAAACAGAGAUGUAAUUUGAAAUAGCGUUGGCUCGGGUCCCUGAUUCGGGGUGAUAUCUCCCAUAGUGCUCCUGAACUCUGUAGUUCUCUAGUUCAUUAUAUUCUGCUUAGACUAAAAUAAAGCACAGUCCUGUAGAAGAUU